AAGAAUAAUUAACAUCUUACGACCUGCUUCUUCCUUCUACUUAUUUCUUCUUCUCUUCUUUCAUUCUCCAGUAACCUUGAGUUUUUAUAAUGGCAUCAGAAUCACUCUCCCGAAGCUCGGGUUCUUUCUGGACCCCAAAGGAAAACAAGCUCUUUGAGCGAGCUCUAGCAGUGUAUGACAAGGACACACCAGACCGCUGGCAGAAUGUAGCUAGGGCUGUUGGAGGAAAAACAGUUGAGGAAGUGAAGAAACACUAUGAACUACUCGUGGAGGACCUCAGACACAUUGAAUCAGGCCUGGUACCAUAUCCCAGUUAUAAGGCAUCUGGCAAUAGGGGAAAUGGAUCUAAUGAGGAGCAAAGGCUGCCAGCAGGGACUGGUUUAUGCCAGGUAAUGAAGGCAGUCUGCACAGUGUUGGCAGAACGGGCUGAUCGGUUGAGCAGCACGAGCAGGCGCAGCGGAUCAGAAAGACCUACCGAACAGCACGAUCGGGAGGCAGAAAGAGGCCAACCGAGCAAAGUAGUCGUCCGAUUAAAGAGACCGAGAGCCGACCGUGUGAGAGGCAGACAAAGACUGGCAGGGCAAGUAGAGAGGCCGACCGAGAGAACUGUUCGAGGCCUGUGACUGACGCAGUUUUCUUGAAAUAGAUUCGUCCCACCCGAUUACUAUCAUGGGCACUCCGCCGAGCAGGAGUUGCACGACAGAGGAGGAGGAAACACUGGUGGAGAACUCUUAGAUCAACGGUAGCUUACUCGCUGACCGUUUCACUUAUUAUCACUCGACCGUUUUGAUUCUGCAUUAAUUUCAAAUUUAAUGCAUCCGUUACACGACAGCAAAAAGUUGAUUAUUCCACUUGGGCAAAUUUUGCCUCGACCGGUCCGACAUUCGGCGUGCACAAGUCAUACCCGCACACGAGUGCACAAGUCGUACCCGCACACGAGUCAACAUGAUUCAAUGCAAAUUCAACCCUGGAUUUGUUCACAUCCUCAAUGCAUGUGAAUCAAUAUAAACCAACCAACAUAGCAUGAAACUCU